AUGAAUCAUCUGAUCGGCCCUGAUACUGAUCUUAACACAGUCAAGGGACCAUUUGAUUUCUGUCCGGUAAAUAUCGAAAUUCGACUGUUUCAAGACGGUCAGAGAUCGUCAUAUGUGAUCACAUCGAUUAAUGGUCAAUCACUUGGAACAGAACAUUUGCAGGGGAUACGUAGUCCUAUUGUGCGUAUUAACUUUCCGGAUGGAGCCAUACGUCAUGCAGCUAAAAUUCCUGAUAAUGCAACUCAUUUUUGUUGGCUCAAUUCAGUGGAUAUUGCCCAAAGUGAUAUUGCAAAGAAUGCGAGUAAGAAUGAGAUGGCGAUGCUUCUUCAUGGUGGACUGGCUUAUUUCAAUCAAGAUGGAUCGCAUACUUAUAAUCUGAUCCAAAUCAAUCGGUUUCGACUUAUUGAGACUGGUUGUUUAUGGCUUAAAGGACCAAAGCCGUGGAGGAGUGAAUAUACGCAAAGUUUGAGGAGUGAGGGUCGACUCGCGUCUGUCCAACAUACGCACCUUUGGGAUAAAGGUGUACGAUAUGUAGCCUUUCUCAAUUCUAGCGAAGAAUUUAUGAAUGCGAACGAUACGAACCCUCCAUACAUCGCAACAGAAUAUUGGGCCUUCUUAUAUUUAUUUAACGAUGAUACAACACCAAACGAAAGAGAUUGCUUUUACGAAGUUUCUCCAGUUCCAUUUGGGGAACAACCGACCGAAUAA